AUGGGGCAGGCCGCAGCUUUCGCCCCCUGCGUGACACGGGUGAAGGGUGACAAUGGCUCUCAAGAUCCACAGCAGCUCGCGGUGUCUUUGGCGAAAGUCGAGAAGCUGUUGCUCGAUACAGAGACCCUACAGCGGGAGUGUGAUGCACACUUUCGUAGAGCUGGGCUGGAUGCCCAUGGGACAAUGAGGCGAGUAGAGCUGCGGCGAUUGCUGUGGACCUUCGCACAUUCUUUGGGCUCAACUGAGUUGACAUGGGAAGCCAUUGAGGCCUUUGCGGUGACUGGCACCCUGGAAGCAAACGUCCCAGUGGUGACCAAAGAGGAGUUUUUCAGGUGUGUCACCAAGACAGUGCACCUGGUUGCCAGUGAACUGCGCAGAAAGCUGCAGGAGGUGGAAAACAAGUUGCGACCACUUCCACGAAGACCACCUGAGAGAGCUCCAGAGCAGAGUGGACCUACCCCAAAGACACCGGGCAGGCACUCAAGCCCUUGGGCGGCUAUGGCAGAAUUGAGCGGCAGCGAAGAAGAGUCUCCAAUCUCUUCGCCCAGAUCGUUAAAUGGCCCCGAGGCUGUGCUGCAGGAUGCCAUCUUCAGACCAGCCCCAUGUGGCCCAUGUGCUGCACCAGAGGAGAAACAUCCUGGUCCUGUAGCACAUGAAGCCAACAAACGCCCUGUGGAGGCUUCCGAUUUGUGCGAAAGCCAUGUCCUGCAACGUAAUGCGCUAGGGAUAAAAGAUAGUCUACGAGUCUACAAUAUCCUGCUGGCCAUCAUAGCACUCAUUCCCAGCCUGCAUCGUGGAUUUUCUUCAGGAAUCCUUCUUUCGGCCAGCUCCAGAGCCACAGGUCCCAUGUUGGGACAAGAAGCAUUUGUGCAUAGUUUCGCUGCCACUGAGCUGGUGGACUUGGAAAAUGGCAUUCUGAAGCUCCCACCGCUGGCAGUGUGGGGAAACUUGGCCAUUUACAUCGUGGCCUGGGGCCUUUUGAUGUGGCCACAACAUCUUCCUUUGGGUCGGCCAUGCAUUGCGAUGGUUUUUGCAGCCAUGGCCUGUGGCUUAAGAGAGCUUUGUCACAAGGCAUGGCCUGAGGAAAACUAUCCAACUGUGGACAUCUUUGGGAAGAUCAAUCCUACACCCAUCGCUUUGCUCUUUGGCCUCAUGCUGGUGAACGCAUACCUGAAGGACAGUGCCUCACAGGUGUCCUGGAGUGUGGUCGUGGAUGAACAGCGCAAUGUGGAGCCUGUUCAGGAAGUGCCAAUGCAGUUCCCUGAGCCUAAGGCACCACCGCCCGGGUUCAGACACCAAGGUGGGCCGGCUCCUGGCUAUGCAGCCCAAGGACAGGAUCAACCCAAGAGUUGUGUGUCAAGCUCAAGCGGAAGUGCACCCUUCCCACCUGCUGAUGCGGCUCUCUUUUUCACUGACCCUGCUCAAGCCCCUGCUCAAAGUGCUGCUGCUCCAGCUACUCAGGCAGCACGUGAUUUGCUUGGAAGCGCUCAGAAGCAGGCAGCUCGCCUGGCAAAGCAGAAAGCUCAGGCAAAGAGGCGUGGUCAUCGUGCAGUUAGGUGGGGACAGAUGCCUGGCCUUGAUGCUCAGAAUUUCCAGCUCCCAACGUUCAUCAGGCAGUUGGGUGCUGGCCAAGAUGAACGAUCAGUGCUUGUGAUUGAUAGCCGCGAUCGGCGCAUUCAGUCCCCCUACCAGGGAUGGCUGCUGGACGAGAUCUUGCUGAACGCCCAGUCUGGAGUGAACGUCCUGGUCGAUCGACAACUUGUCAGAUCGCCAAACAAGGGCUACCACCUCAACUUGUUCUAUGUGAGGACGAUGGACGGGUUCAAGUUCAUCUUGGUAGGAUCAAUGACGUCUUACGGGACGGUGCCAGCAGCUCGCUGGGAUGCAGACACGGGGAAGAUCAUGGCCCACCCGGCCUUUCAACCUUUUCGUUGGCCGAUGAUGACUGACGAAUCUGCAACCUGGGUCGAUGUGAAAGUCAAGGUUGAAGGAGGUCUUCUUCUACACCUUGAGCUGCGCGGCUACCGAUCGAACACUGACAUGACGGUUCAGAUGAACUACGUCAAUGAUGCUCUCAUGGCGAACCUUAGGGACUGCCUUUUUGUGCCGUCCUGCAUCGUCACGGUGUUCCACGGAUGGAGGGUGGUGGCAACCUCGUUCGAGGUGGGAGGGCGUCUGUACGCCUGCAGUGAUGGUGGGACGGUCGUGGCCCUGGACUUUCCUUUGUGCCACUUUGAAGUCCGGCUCACUGCGCUCUCUUCCACGGACUCGAUCGGGAUGGAUGCAGACCGCUUAGAGUUCCGAUUCAGGUCAUCCGGUGAUCAGCUGGACGUUGCAUGUUCUCAGGUGGUGGUUCCAUCAACUUGGCUGGUUGUGUCGCGUGUGUCUGGGCCCACCUUGAUCAAGAAUGCUCGUUGGUGUCGUGAGCAUCAUGCAAGGGUGGAAGGCCCUGAUCAGACCAUGCAAUUGUCACAGCUAGCCGGGAUCCAUGCACACUGGACUGCAUCGAUCGAAGCAGAGUCCGUUGAUGACACGGGUCCGAGGGUGAGUGCGGUCGCGGUGGAUUCUCACCCGGCCAACUAUCACCUCACCUGUGAGUCUCCCUUGUUCAGGGCAGCGAAGUCGUUGGUGCCAACCGAUGCACUGGCUCUGCAGGCGCACAAUGUGGCUCUGGAACAGGAGACGAUCGUGCUCCCGCCAGUGACGGGUGGGCCAUCAGUGGUGCCAAGAUCAUCAGUUGCGGCCCCUCUGCAAGCAUUGGCUGGACCGUCGGCUCCUGCACUGGUUGUGGCGCCCAAUGUUCAAGCCGAAGUCUCCAUGACUGAGCCGGGUCAAGCCCCAGCCUCGGGAGCCAUGGGAGGCUCGGUACAUGUGCAAAGGCGAUCGCUUGAAGCUCGCCAACAAGAGAGGAUCUCAGUGGCAGCCGUGACGCCACAAACUUUUCUUGAUCAGGUGUAUCAGGCGGUCCCGGGACGCCCAGUCAGUUUUGGACCGGCUCCGACCGUUGAAGAAGUGACGGCGAGGGCCCCAGUUUGCUCGGCUGUGGGAUCUCAGACCGGACGUGAUGUUAGAGCGCUGUUGGCUUCACCUUAUGCCAACUUGGCGCUGGUGUCAGCGAUGGAGGUGCGAUCGGGCCCGGAGUUCACCGUGAAGGUGCACGACUGGUCAGCAUCCCUAGAGGAGACCAUUCGUGAUGUUUUGCUCAGCAACAGUUUUAUGCUGGAACAGUUUUGGAGUCUAGCUACUUCGAUCGAGAAGACAUUUUUCGAAUCCUCUGCAAAUCAGCUGGGUUUCGGGCAGUGCGAUCCGACUACUUUGGCGUUGAGUGCCGAGACCGCUAGUGCUCGUAGGGCUAAUGCCAUCAAAGCUCUGUUGCACAAGCCGGCUCAACCGCCCAGGAAACUGCUCAAGAAGUCUGAUUCGGAUCCGACGUCCACACCGCUGUUGGACCAGGAGAAUGCCGCUCGGUGGAAGUGGGCUUCUAAACUGGAGGCCAUAGGGAAACGGGCGGGUCAACACUCCAAGCUCUUGCUGGAUACCACCAACAGCCAAGGGCUCUCGCCGGGUGAGACCGCUCGGCUACGCCAAUUAGUGUUGGCAUCGGGGGCUCCACGGACUAUGUCGGCCCACAUCUCCGCAUGGGAGCGGUUCGAGGAGUGGGCCAAUAGUGUUGGGAUCCCCGUUUUUCCUUUGUCUUCUGAUUUGAUUCUGAAGUAUGCUCUAGCUCUUGACGAGAAAGAAUGUGGUCCCACAGUUUUGCCUUCUUUUAGGAUGUCAAUUAAGUGGGUAACAUCUAAACUGGCGAUCGACUGCCCUGAUUUGUCCCAUCCCGCUCUCUUGGCGGUUCAGUCGGACGUCAUUCAGAAAAGGGCCACCACAUUGAAAGAAGCCCAGCCCAUCCCGAUCGUGGCGGUCGGAAGUCUGGAGCAGUUCGUCACAGACGUGCAGCAGCCAGAGGCAGCUAGGCUCUUUGCAUGGUGGUGGCUCUGCAUGGUCCUCUGCAUGGUCUUCGCAUCGCUGAGGUUCGACGAUGCCAUGCAUGUCAGGCCAACUGAGUUGAUCAUGAAAGACGAAGGGCUCUUUGGCGUCGCUUGGCAGACGAAAGUCGAGCGCAAACGCCGUGGCACGAAGUUCGUAGUGCCGAGAGUUGGCUUUCGUGAUUCAGCCUGGCUUGACAUUGGCUGGGACCUUUUGCAGCUCGAAGAUUUGGAUCGUGACUUCUGGAUGAGAGACUUGAACACCCAGACGGAGUUCAGGUCUGCACCAGCUCAAUAUCAACGUUCCAUUCAGUGGCUGCGUUUCAUUGGCAAGCUCGCCAUCAAGACCUACUUUAGUGGGCCUGAGGGUAAGCUCAAUGAGGCCGUGGACGGGUUGCUCAAGGUCACAGCCCACUCAGCUCGGGUCACCAUGUUGGACGCUGCAGUACAUGCUCGUCGAUCGACGGAGGAGAUCGGACUGCAAGCGAACUGGAAAAAUCCGGGUCCUCUAGUGUUGAAAUACACCAGGAACCGGACCAGCGUACCAGCUCAGAUGGUUCAACAGCUGGUCACAGACAUGGUUGACAAUGAGCACCCGUUCGAGGCUGAAGAGGAUGUCGUGCUCGACUCCGUAGAUGAGACGGCUCUCAAUGAGGUGCAGUUCUACGUCAAGACGGAAGGCGCUCGUGCCUCCCGUGACUAUCGAUAUCACUGCUCGAAAGAGGAGGACGAUGAGAUGGUCGCAUGUGGCAAGCUCGCCGUCCGUGACUGCACUGCCGUUGGGGCCGCCCUGCCAGAUCCUUCCGUGCUCUGCAAGCAGUGUGCCAAAGCUCGACCAGAUAUCUUUGGUCGGCAACGAGUUCCGGAAGACUUGUGCCGGCUCGUGGCUGAUGUGGGUCUCCGCAGCGUGGAAACGUUCGCCAUGCUGGGGGACAUGAUCACAACGGUCAAGCAGACCUUGAAAACGAUCAUACCAGAUUCUGCUCGUUUCGGCGAUGAUGCGCCGGCGCAGGAGCUUGCUCUUACAGCUCUGGCGGCCGUCUGGAAGCAGUGCUCCACCAUGCAAGAUCACUUCGCAGCUCGGCGAGCCAAAAUGGAAGAAGACCCCAGCAAGGUCCCAGAGAUUCCAGGCGAAGAUCAUGCUGAGUUUCGUGACACGUUCGUGGCUCGUCACCCUGACGUGCUCUUGCCCAUGCAUCGAGAGCCUCAUCGGAAGUUUGUCGAACGUGUUCAACGAGACUACUUGGUGCACGGCUUUGUUCAUUUCUACGAAGUCGGCGAGAUCCGCACCAGGAAUGAGCAGAUCGCUCAGAAAUCUGGGCUCUCCAAAAAUGCAGAGGAUCUCUUGCGUGUGGUGAUGGUAGAUCAGCCUAGUGCGGCUAGUUCAGAAUCUCAGGUGAUGGACAAACUGCAUGCGUUCUUCAUUACCUUAGAAUACUUGAACAUCUGUGAGUUCUCCGUGGCAGCCGGGCCCCUGAAAUACUUGUCUGAUCUGGAGGAGUGGCGCCAUGAGAACCGUGGCCUGGCCUUGCUCUUGGCGGCUGAUGCGUUGAUCCGCAAGAAAGUUCAUCGAGUGAGCUCCGAUCAGCGCAAGACAUUUGGCACGUUCUCUGCCGCCUUGCUUGAGGUCUUGACCAACCACAAACAGCUGUGGAAUGACGCUCGAUCAAGCGCAGAGUUGGACAAGUUCAAGCAGGUGCUGCAGACUACGGCGCCAUCUACACCGUCAAAGAAGCGCUCCAGAUCUCGCUCGCAGUCAGCCCCGAAGGCUUCACCCAAAGCUCGAAAGAACAGGGCUCGUCGUGAACGCCAGAAGGCCUUGCUCAAGAAAGCUAAGGUUGGUCACGCCUCAACGCCACCUCCCAAGUCGGAUCAGGCCAAGAAACCCGCUCGAGACGAACGGGUCCCGGCCCACGAAUGGCAGAAGAUUACUUCGUUCAAGUAUCAAGGCAUCACAGAGGCUGUUCAGCUGAUGGGUGUGCCUGCGCUGCCGCCAGUGGAUGUGGUUGUCUCUGAUCUGGUCAGCGAAGCAGCCGAUGUGUUGGAUCUGGCAGUGUGGGUGCUCCAGGUACUUUGUCCAGGAGGGCACGUGCACGAGUCUUUGAGAGGCAAAGUGUUCGACCCCCUUCAGGGCAAACUGGUGUUCAAGACCAAGGCUGCGCAGGUCUAUCCUUGGGCUUUGUGUGCGGCGUUCGCCAGCGUUGCUCACGAUCUAUGGCAAGACCCUCUUCAUGCUCUACAACCUUCGCUGCAGCUGACCACGCCCCCUGCGGAUCGCAAACGCGAAGUGGGCUCCUGCAAACCGUGGCUCGGACACAAGCAGGAGGAGUCGGCUCUCAAAGCGCUCUGGGCGGGUUAUCAGCUGAAGCGGGGUGCGGCCAAGCCUUUGUUGCAUGUGGAGAUGGAACCUGGCCAAGCGAUCGAGGCGGCCUUGAACGUGAUCCACCCUUUCACCAUCGAGGCUCCUCUGGCAGCGAUGGAAGAAGCAGCCGUCCUCCAACUUCGGCGCCCGUCUGAGGUGAUCAUGGCUGAGCGGGCGCGGUUGCUACAAUUUUGGCAUGCUCAGGCAGUGGCUUUAUUGCCCCACUCAGUGGCGGCGAUCCGGGCGCUGCCCGAUCCCCAUCUGCGGCGUCUGCUCCUUGGCACUGACGACCUUUCCGUGCCGCGCCUUGGUCAAGUUUGCCACGUCGCAUUGUACGAGGCUAUGCUCAUGGCGUGCGGCUCGGUGGAUCAGUCAUUGCCCUCUUUUCUCUUGCACGGUUUUCCGAUUGUUGGUGAGAUCGCUCGCUCUGGUCGAUGGCCUCCCUACAAUAAGCCCCAGAAAGACAUCCCGGUGCAAGACGCAUUGGAUAGGGCCUGGGUUCUUCGGAAGAAGAUCAUCCAACGUGUUCAAUCAGUACAGAUCUCUGACAACCUUCAGAAGAUUUGGGAUGCAUCGAUCGAAGAUGUUGAGGAGAAAUCGUGCUUGGGCCCCUUUGUGUCUGAAGAGGAGGUCACGAAAGCUCUUGGGUGCGACGAUUGGAUCCCAACUCAGAGAUUCGAAGUUGUUCAGAAGAAUAAAGUUCGUGGUUGUGACAGCGCCACGACAAACAUGAUCAAUCAGAUCACCCGGAUCUCGGAGAAGCUACAACUGCCUUCUACAGACACGAAUGUCGCAGCUCUGCGCAAGUUGAGAACGAUCAAGCCUGGCGUGAAGCUGGCAGGGUGGGUGCUCGACGAGCGCAAAGCCUAUCGGCAAGUAGCGGUGCGACCUGAUCACCGGAAGUUCUCUGUUAUUUGCUUGAAGAAUCCGAAGACUGGUGCUCCCAAUUUCUUCAUCAUGAUAGGUCACUCAUUUGGCUUGGUCUCAGCUGUAUACAACUACAAUCGCCGAUCGGCGGCCAUUAACGAGUUCUUGGUCUCGCUGUUCGGCUUAGUGGCUUUCAGCUUCUAUGACGACAAAUAUGGUUUUGAACCUCUGGCGAUCGCGGGAAGUGCCCGUGCAGUAGCUGAACAUGUUCAUUUCUGGUUAGGUGCGAAGUUUGAUCAGAAGAAAUUGCAGCUAUCUACAGAGCCCACGAUCCUAGGGGUGACUUACAACCUUGAUCAGAUGCAGUUGGAGAUCAAAGCUGAGCGGAGAGAAGAGAUCACCCAGGAGAUUGAAGCGAUCGUGAAGGCAGGCAUUCUAGACCCUGGCUCGGCGGGGAAGUUGAAAGGUAAGCUCAUGUUUGGCGCUUCUCAGCUCUGGGGAAAAGUUGGACGAGCUUUUCUGAGGGUCAUUUCUGAGCGCCAAUACCUUCGUUUCCCGAUCGGUAGUGAGUUCAAACUAGAUCAACCUCUGCUCGAGUCUUUGCUCCACUGGAAGAAAUUGGUCAAUGAGGGACCGCCGAGGCCGAUCGAAUCAGCUUCAGCUAAACUAGUGGAUGCAGUGAUUUUCACAGAUGGUUUCACGCCGGAUCCUAGGAAGAAGGAACGUUUGCCUGAUCGUGUAGUGACCUGCUCGCCCCAUGCCCUGAGCAGCGUCCGCAAAAAGGAUCUUUUUGCACAUGCAGCUGUUCAGGACUCGAUGCGGUCGUUUGCCAUUUUGGCACAAAGAACGAGUGAUCACAGUCAGGCCACAGCUCUUUUUGAUCACCCAACCCAGCCCGCCCUCGUGAAUGAGGGUGGGCUGGACUUCCAGCCCACACAUUUUUCGGUGGGGUCAGACACUGGCAUUUGGAAGUACGUGGAAGAGCUCUUGGACACUGCCUCCCCGACAAAGAUGCUGGUGAACUUGUGCUGCUUGUCGGCUGCCACAUCUGCGGUGCUGACCAAUGACACCACUUGUUUGAUGCUGACACCCUUAGUGAUGAAUCUCUGCAGGCGCCGAGGUGCACAGAGCACUUUGCCGUUCUUGAUGGCAGUUGCCACCAGUUCAAACAUUGGGAGCAGCCUUACCAUCAUUGGCAAUCCCCAAAAUGCUCUCAUCGCAUCAAUCAGUCCAGGAAUGGGUUUCUUGACUUUCAUGAAGGAUAUGCUCUUGCCGGUGCUGUUGGGUCUCUUUCUGAACACGGUGGCCCUUUGGUGCUACUUUCGAAAGUCUCUUGUCUUUGAGAAUCCCGAAGUGCCAGAGAUUCGUGAUGUAGAGGUCGCUCUCCCUGAGACAAAUCGUUGCCUUCAAGCAAUCUAUGUAGUGGCUGUGGGUGGAGUGGUGCUUGCUAUGAUUGUCGGAUGGAUGUUCAACAUGAACACGGAUGACGUGGCCCUCGCCGCUGGCUCCACACUGAUGUUCAUCCGGGCCCUGCGACGUCGGGCCACAGGGGCCAAGGAUGCAGGGGAUACAGAAACCCAAUUUGCUUUGGGAGCCAUUGACUAUUCAAUCCUGAUCCUCUUCAUUGGCCAGUUCAUUUUGGUGGGUGCCACAGUAGACACUGGCUUGCCACAGAGACUCUUCCACGGGAUUUUAGGACCAUGUGCAAAGGAUUUGGCAGCAGGACCACUUUGUAUGCUCUGGUUUUCAGGUGUUGUCCUCCUCCUUUCCAAUGUCAUCAGCAAUGUGCCAGUGAUUCUGAUGCUCCAACCUUUGUUGGCUACGCAGCCAGCUGAAUCAGUCGCCAGCAUUUGGACUGUUUGUGCGUGGGUGGCUACCGUCUCGGGGAAUCUCACCAUGCUUGGAAGUGCUGCAAAUCUCAUUGUCGCUCACGCAGCUGAAAGUGAGGGAGAGACCGGCUUUGUCGCGACCUGCUACAGCAAGUUCUCGUUGAUUCCAACGCUUGUGAUCACUUGCAUUGGAGUUUUAUUGCUGCCGCCGAUUGGACCAAGCUGGGGAUGGAUAGUUGGACUUGCUCUGGUGGCUUUGAUGUUGAUGAUGGUGCUCUUCAAAAGCUUCACAACUCGUUUCGGCUGCUGUGCAGUUGCUGCAUUCCACCGGGCUUCCUGCCUGGUCUGCGGACUCAGCCGUGAGAGCAUCGGCUUGGUGUUGCUGUCGUUCUUCGCUUCGGCUCAACUCCUUGGUCCUUACGAAGGUGCCUGGUUGACAGCCAACUCCAUGAGGACUUACAACCCAGGAGAGCUUGGUGCACUGAACGCGAUGCAGCAGGUAGUAGUAGCAGUUCUGCAACCUUGCCUUGGUUGCCUGGUGGAUGCUUGCCAUGCCAAGCGCAGACUGGUUGCUUUGGGGAGUGCAUGUGCUUUGCUCAGCGCUGCAAUGGGAGUCUUUGUCCCACAGUUCUUCUGGUUGGAGAUGGCUUUGCAGAUCCCCACAGCAAUUUCCAUGACCCUGGUGCCUCUGGCGUUGAACUCUCUGACUUUGGGUGCAGCAGAGAAUUUCACCCUGCAGGUGGCUCUCAACAAUGUGGGCCUUCAUUUGGGAACUGUCUUGAGCUCAGGGGCCAUGGCCCUCCUGGCCAGCGUGGUCAAAGAUCAUUCAGGGGGGAAGACCGUGGAGAGUCCAUGGUGGAGCUCCGUCCCCAUGGCAGCCUGUGGGCUGACCAUUGUGGCUCUACCCAUUGUGCGUCACUACAAGGUCGACUACCACCGGGCCUCUGGGAUGGAAACCACGGAGUCUCAUGAAACGGAAGCGACCAACAAGGGUCCCUCGGGACUAUGGACCUCCAAGUUCUUCAUUGUGAAUGCUCUUUGCUUCCUGUUCAAUUUUUCCAACAUGGCUCAAUUGCAGUUGCUGGUGCAGGAGGCAUCAAAACUUAUUCCUGGUCAAGCAAUCAAUUUCACCAGCGCGGCACAAGUCAUUGCACACUUGGGGAUGUUGGUGGCUUCUGUGGUAGCCGGACGACUGGCAGACUUUGGCCGCAAGCCUCUGGUUCUGAUUGCUUGCCUCACCGUCACCAUCCGUGCUUUGCUGACAGCUGCCACCGAUGUCUGGUGGACCCAGCCAGGUGGCUCUCCUUGGUUGUCCUUGUUGCCCUGCGAGACCCUGGAUGGUGUUUGUGCCGGACUUUGGGGUGUGCUAAUGGUGCUGAUGGCAAAGGACGUUUCGGAGAACACUGGUUGCUUCAGCUUGGCAUUGGGCUGCUUGCAGGCAUCUUUCAGUGUGGGUGCCAUCUUUAGCUCAGAGCUGGCUGGCAUUUUGGCCAACCGCCUGGGUUUUGCUGUAGCCUUCCUGUCCUUGGCGGUGGUGGGGAUGGUGUCCUUCGUCUUGUCGCUGUUCAUGCCUGCUGUACAGGUGUUUUCCAGACUGCACUGGCAGACUGAGCACAUCUCAGCACAUCUCAGCACAUACUGCGAUCAUUUGUUGUACAGUGCCGACAGAUUUGUGCGUUUAUUGGGCAAGUCCCAGCCUCGUUUCGUGAAAGAUGUUGAUGCGCAGCCUGCACAGCUGUCGUUGUUUGUGUUGGUGCUAAGCAGCGAGGGCAAUUUUGAUCCUCAACGUUUGGCUUUGGAGAGUGGCUCUUUGCUUCUGGGCCCAAUGGAGGAGGCCAAUGGCGAUUUGUCAUCAUUUUUUGGGGUCAGCGACAAUCGAACUGUCUUCGAUUUGUCCUUCCUUGAAAUGCUGCUGAGAGGUUCAGCAAUUGCGCGAAGUCCAGCUGCGAGGAUGAUUCCAGGUGUUGUUUGGAAGACUCCGGAGUCCGUUGCUCGCACUGUGAUGCUGUGCUUUCCCGAAGGAUCAGCUCUCUGCAUGUGGUUUCAGGAGACAGAGCACUGCGCUGCUUGCUGCAAAGCCAUACUUGAGGAGGCACUCGCUUCUGGUGCUCAACCUUGCUGCGACGGGCUUGACCUGCCAUCGAAGGAUCCUGGAGCGUAG